UGGUCUCACUCCUUCAUCAUCUUCAUCUUCAUCAGUGGGCUCGGUCCGUCAGCGCGUCCGCACCUCGCCGCGUGUCCUCACGUGCCCGAGCCGGACGGGAAACGCGCGUUCCACUACUGGUCCGUGAUGCUCUCCGCUGACGGCUGACCUCUGACAUGUCGACCUCAGAGUCUGACGACUCCAUCGAUUGGCUCGCCAGCGACGAGGACGGCGGCCCCAAGAGUUCAAGUCCUCAUCGCGCAGAGGAGUCGCCUCUUCCUCUUCCUCCUCCGGCGAGCGAGCGUCUCUCUGCGGCGCCGAGGCGGCGUCCGAGCGGGAGGAGAAGAGGCGGAGCAAAGACGCCGCCGGAGACCGAGGAGGAGCUGUUCUCCCAGAAGAGCGCUGAGCUGCAGCGCUACCUCCAGCCUCUAUCCUCCAUGCUGCAGGACCUGAGGUCAGGAAGGUACUCCUCAUGUCUCAGUAGUUUCCAGGAGAGAGUUGCAAUGGACCGGAUCCAGAGAAUAAUGGGGGUCCUUGAGAACCCGCUGACAGGAGGACGCGUCCUCCUGAAGGUGGAGGCGAUGCUUCACAGCUGGUUCCCUCACGCCGGACCCCCCGCGGAGCCGAAGUGUCUCUACAAAAUAAAAGCCCUGCUCUCUGGAACCAGCACAUCACAACGUCAUGGCGGCGCCUCCUCUCCUCCUCCAUCCUCGCUCUGCUCCUCCAGGCGGCUCCACCCGUUGCCCGUCUGCAUCCUGACUAGACCGGGACCUAGACCGGGUCGCCGCCGCCAAGGAGCGACUCAGGACAGCUCCGUCUCCUCCAGCACCGACUCGCCGCCGCGCCGCCUCGGCUUCAAGGUCCGCUCGCCGUGUCUGGAGCGCCUCCUCCUGGCGAAGGAGAGCGUCGUCGCUCCCCGGGCGGAGAGGGAGGAGCUACAAGGCCUUAACAAAUGAGCAUGUUUCAAAGUCUUCAUCUUUUUUAUUAUUAUUUACAACUUGAGGCUCAGAUUGUGAGUCUGAAUGUGAACCAACAUUUAAAACGUGUCCUUCUUCCCCCGA